UCAAAAUGAAACGAAAAGAAAUGUAAUUGAAGUAGAAAGCAUCGUGAAAAAGGAAAAGGAGGACAUGCAGGAAAACACAUUAAGCGAGAUCAAAGACGCCGCUCAACAAAUCAAAAGCAGCAGCAGUUUUGGAGAGGUUCCGUCCAUCAAUUUAACGGAUGAAUAUUCAAACGAGAAAUUUACACAAGACCUUUUACAGUUCAUUGAACAUGGUAACAAUUUAGAAAACUGGCAUCAUGGUAGUUACCAUGGUAGUUACCAAGAUACAGCCACGGAUUCGUUCUCUCAUCACAUGCAGAUAGAGAGUGUACCAAUCGGUCCAAUUCAGGAUUGUAUUGAUGCUGAUAUAAAGCCAAGGGGCGAGUCCUCCUUAACCUUAACGGUUCUCAAUUCAACCGGCACGGAUGAAAGUUCACACCCCAUGUCUUUUACGUUUGGUGAGACAAGCACACACGAGACUAAUCUUAUUGACCAUGAUUAUUGUGCAUAUCCCAAAACGGAAUAUUCUGGCAUGGAGAGCUACCAUGGGGGAGUGAAUAACAAUAUGAUUUUGCAAUCAGAGCAGGGGGAACUAGGCAUGGAUCAGGAGAAGCUGCUACGGAUGAAGAGAAGGAAAGAAAAAAAUAGAGAAUGCAGCCGUCAGUUUAGGCUGAAACAGAAGAGCAAAGAGGAGAACCUUAAAACAGGAAGGGUUGAGAAAAUUCGAAAACUUGAAGAGCUAAGAAGAAGUGUGGAUAAUUUAAAAACUACCUUGGGAAAAGUGGCUGCACAAUGCUGUUCCAAAUGUCCAAAGACAAGAAUGCUGCUCAGCCAGCACUCUUCUGUGAACAAGGAGAACAUCACACCCAAUUAUAUGAAAAUUGUGAAUUGAUUAAACCAAUCUCAGACAAUUGAAGAAGACAAUU